AAAAUUGUGUCAACAGUGUUCAGCUGUCAGCUUUGCCGUUCUAAAUGCGACCCUGUCGCCAUUUUGUCUGAUGUCACCGUGAAAAGAAUUUAUUGCAGAAAGUCUGUCAUGAAAUAUAAAUGAUAGCCGGUUACUAACAGACUAAACUAAACUGGUUAUCCCUGCCCUUAGACAGUCCUUCUCAGAAAGGAAAAACUCAUAAAAAACAGAUUAAUAUAUAUACAGUAUAUAUAUAUUAUGGAUAAGAGAAGAAAUAAAUGACAAUAGAGGAUAGACCCCCCAGUGCAUCAUACUUUCUCCAACUUCUAGCAGCCUACUAGCAACUAUUGUUAUUUAAUUUUAAUUGAAACAUGUUUAUCGUGAGAUGCAUGUGACAUAUAAAUCGAGUGGGUGUGGUUGUGUUUAUGUCUGAGGUCUCGUCAUGGAAUAUCAGUGGAAUAUCAGUGAAUAAAGUCCGGUAAAAGUCAGCCUUUAUCUGUUGAACUAAAAAGAGAAGUGAAGAAAUUGGGCAUGAAGGAAAGAAAGAAGAAGUUGCGUUUAGCUACAUUCUUACAGAUGGUGUUACUUUUUUUUUUUUCUGGUUACAAGAAAAUGUUUAACGUUUAAAACACUGAAAACACAUAUUUUAUUUUGAAACUCUCAGCUGAGGUUGAAAAGAGAUUACUUGAAACAGUUUAUUUAAGAUCGUCCUUAAGAGUAAAUGAACCAUCUAAGCUCUUAUGAACUUAUGAGGCUUUAAACAAUGACUUCCUCUGUUACAGUCACAGCAGGAAGAAUACAUUCAUCUUGAUAAACAUCUAUUUCUUCACCACACCGGCUUUAAAACAGAGAAGUUGCUUUUUGAGUUUAUUCUGAGCAGCUGAAGACAAACCUUCGUGUUUCUCGGUUUCAUAUGCAGACUCAUCUGAGAUGAAGGAUGAAUGUAGGAGUUUGAAAGCAGCUCUGUCUGUGAACGUGCUGACAGUCUACAUGUUCCUGAGUGUCUUCUUCCUUCCAGGAGUUUGGGCUGAAUGUAAUGAGAAAUCAUUCCUUCAGAUGACUGCACCAAAGAAGCUGGAAGCUCUGAAUGGAUCCUGUUUGAUAAUUCCAUGUAGCUUUAAGAAAACACCAGAAAAUGGAGAGCAGUUGGACAACAGCAAACAAAUCAUUGGAGUUUGGAUUAAAAAUAAUACUCAGUUCUUUGAAAAUCCCAAAAAUGUAAUUUUCAACAGCAGCAAUCAGACAAACAUCUAUCCAAUGGAGAUCAUUGGAAACCUGACACAGACAAACUGCACCACUUUGUUUUCUAAUUUGACCACAAAAUAUACAGAAAGAUAUUAUUUUAGGAUUGAAGAUGGAACAUUUAAAGCAGUCGACCGUUGUAAUUUCAUUGAGAUAAACAUUCAAGAUUCUCCUCAGAGUCCCAGCAUUGAAAUCCCAGAUGAUCUGAAGGAGAAGACGUCUGUCUCCAUCACCUGCUCGGCUCCCACUCCCUGUCCUCACUCCCCUCCUGAACUCACCUGGAAUCUCCAAGCAGACUCUCAGAGACAAACGGAGACAAACACAGAUGGAAGCUUUACAACUAAAAUCCAGAAGACCAUCACUCUGUCAGACACUCAUGAUGGAUUCACCAUCAGAUGUUCUGCCAGAUAUCCUGUGAAUGAAGGACCACCAAAGACAGGAGAGACUCUAAAGAAUCUCAGUGUUCCAUAUGCUCCUAAGAACACCUCAGUAUCCAUCAGUCCAUCAGCUUCAGUGUCUGUAGGUAUCUGGGUGAAGAUGACCUGUUCCAGCAGAGCUAAACCUGCUGUCAUCAACUUCAUCUGGUUCAGGAGCAGCAAAGAUGGAGACCAGAAAGUAGCUGAAGGAGAAUCUUACAGCCUGAAUGCAACAGAAGGAGGAGCUUUUUACUGUGUGGCUACAAAUGAUCUUGGGAACCAGACGUCUGGAAAGAUUGAUCUGAUUGUUGGAGAUAAUCUAUAUUUAACAUACUUCAUCAUUGGAGGAGUUGCUGUGACCAUCAUCCUUAUCUUCUUUGUUAUCUGUAUUUGGCGUUUUAGGAAAAAUCAGAAACAGCAGCAGCAACAACCUACGUCUGAGCUUGAACUUCAAAGUCCAGCCCCUAAAACUGAAGAUGACCUUCACUAUGGAGAAGUGAACUUCAAAAAGAGAGCUGAAGAUUCUUCAGCCUCUCCACAGGACAGAAGUCAGCAUCAGGAAACGGUGUACGCAGAGGUCAAAGUGUCUCAAAGAGGAAACGGUUCCACUCAGACUGCUGACAAAACAGAAGAUGUCUAUGCUCAAGUGAAGAAAAAAUGAUGUUAGUUCCACUCAGAAAUAUGUCUUAUCUGUUCCUUAGUUUAUGGAAGCAUAAUAAUUUGUUCUUUCAAUCCCUUUUCUGCUCUGAAAAUAUUCUUGUUUAUGUAUAUUAUACUCUAGGAAUUAUCACAGUUUAUUCCAAAGAUGCCAAGAAUCCCAAUAUGUUAAAGCAGCUGAUGUUUUUUUUACUUUCACAGUUACGCUGAUGAUACUCAGCUUUACAUCGCCGUAUCUUCUGAUGACCUUGAACAUAUAAACACUCUUUUAAAUUGUAUUUUAGACAUCAAGUCAUAGAUGGCAGAAAACGUCUUACAGCUCAACCAGGACAAAACAGAAGUUUAAAUCAUCGGUCCUGAAGACAAGAGAGAGGAUUUCACCACAUCUUCAGAAUGUUAAACCCUCUCUCUGUGUGUGAAACCUGGGCAUUCUUUUAGACUCUGAGCUCAAUUUUAUCCCUCACAUUAAAAAUGUAGUUAAGACAGGAUUUUAUCAUCUUAAAAAUCUUGCCAGAGUCUGUCCAUUGUCUCUUCCCAGCACAGAGGUGCUGAUGCAUGCUUUUAUUUUUAGUCGUUUAGAUUAUUGUCAUGCCCUCCUCUUUGGUUUACCUAAAAAAGCUCUUUCAAAUUUACAAUUAUUACAGAAUUUAGUGGCACGAGUUCUGACGAGGACCAGGGGGCGGGACCACAUUACACCAGUUUUGAAAUUGCUGCAUUGGCUCCCUGUGCGUUUCAGGAUUGAUUUUAAGAUUCUUUUAAUGGUUUAUAAAUGUUUUAACAGUUUUGGGCCUUCGUCUUUAAGUGACUUUUCUUUUAAGAUAUAAACCCUCGCAGACCCUGAGGUCCUCUGGCACAGGCCUUUUAGUUGUCCCUAAGGUGAGGACCAAAACAUACAGUGAGGCUUCGUUCUCUCACUUCGGUCCUCGCCUCUGGAACAGCCUGCCGGAGAACCUCAGGGCUACAGAGACCAUAGAGGUUUUUAGUAAGAGGCUCAAGACCCACCUAUUUUAUUUUCCUUCUAGUUAGUCUCAAAUGGGUAUUUAUUUAUGUAUUGUUCAUUAAGUUUUAAUAUAUAUUUUUAUCAGUGUCUAAUUUACUUUGUCCAUUUAUUGAUAUUUUUCUUUGAUGUUUUUACAGUUUUUUGAUGUUUUUUAGGUAUCACAUUUUAUUAUCUUUCUCUUAAGUGUUUUUCCUUGGGGGAUCCUUUGUCCAGGGGUUACCGGUUCUGUCUGGGGACGUUGCCACGGUUGUCGCCCUUUCGGGGGCGGUUGGGGUCUGACUUGCAGCUUGUGGAGUGGACCCCGCUGCUGUCCCUGUCUGGGUGGGCACUGUGAUGAUGUUCUGUGGAUGAGCUGGCUCCUGGUAUGAAUUCACCCCCAAAAUACUGUUUCCUCAUAGAAGAGCCAAGCCCAGGUUUUUAAGGUUUAUUUUUAACUUCUAUAAAUAUUAAUUGUUUUCCGGGAUCAUGUCUGUAUGGGUUUAU